AUGGGCCCCGCCGUCGCCCGUGCUAUCGCCUGUAAAGCCAUCGUCGCCGGCCUCACGCACGCCCUCGCGCACGCCCUCGCUGCGUUCGCCUGUACAAGCAGAGACGCCAACAGAAGCGCGCCACACUUCGGCACACGAUAGUGUGAUCGAGGCUCUAACGUCGCAUCCGCUGGACCGUGAUGCCGACCGAUACUUCCUCGAAGACGAGAUCAUGCCACGUAUCGUGAUGUGCGAGACCUCUGCUUUGAUGAACUCGGUCGCUGGUAUCGAGCGAGACCGGUUCAUCGAACGCGCCCAAGAUGUCCAGAAUCGUCCCGGUCGAGCAUCGCUUCGGCAUGACUUCAUACGCGAUUGCGGACAAUCUGCAUCGGAGGCAGACUGGGUAUGGUCGCUUGCCAAUUUUGUGAGUAUCAUCCGGUGA